AUGGUUGUUGUUGACGCAGAAUGCAAAUUUACCAUGAUUGACGUGGGGGGGUAUGGAAAAAAUAGUGAUGGUAGCAUAUUUGCUAAUUGUAAUUUUGGUAAAAGACUUAAAGAAGGGCAAUUAGAUUUUCCUGAAGACGCACCAUUACCCGGACUAGAUGAGCCUAUGCCUCAUGUAAUUGUAGGGGAUGAAGCAUUUCCUCUUCAGCAAAACCUUAUGAGACCUUACCCUGGCAAUGAGCUAACAAAUAAUGAAGACAAAAAAAUAUUCAAUUUGAGAUUAAGUAGAGCAAGAAACACAAGUGAAGACGCCUUUGGAAUUUUAAGUAAAAGAUUCCGUGUAUAUCAGAGAAGACUAGAGGUUAAACCUAAAUAUGUGAAUAAAAUAGUUUUGGCUACCUGUGUUUUACAUAAUUUUCUAAAAACGGAUUCUAUGACUAUAUUAUCAGAAGUAAUAGAAGAUGAAGCAGCAAAUUCAAGUCCUCGAAAUAGUGCUCUUCACAAUUUAAUGCAUGUUGGAGGCUCAUUUGCUGGAAGUAGUUAUUUAACAAGGGAGAAGUUCAAAAAUUAUUUUUCAUCACCAAACGGAUCAGUAGAGUGGCAAGUUCGAGCAGUUCAACAGGGGAGACGAUACAAUUGA